AUGGCAUCUCGCAAGAUGAAGUUAAUUGUUGCCAUGGAUUCCGAAGGAGGUAUUGGUAAAAACGGAACACUUCCUUGGCACAUUUCUAAAGAUCUGAAGCGAUUUGCGGCAUUAACCAGAAAUGUAAUGGACAAGUCAAAGAAGAAUGCGGUUAUUAUGGGACGAAAAUGCUGGGAUAGUAUUCCAGAUGGUAGAAAACCAUUAAAAGAUCGGUUCAAUAUUAUAAUGAGUAGAAAAAUCGUUGAGGUUCCUGGUCCAGAUACCGUUGUGAUAGAUAGUUUAGAUAAGCUGAAAGACUUCAUGAACUCGGAAAGCAGCUCAAUCAACAUUGAGACCUUCUGGAAUAUUGGUGGAACGGAAAUUUAUGAAAUGGCGUUACACGAAAAUCUCGUUGACGAACUAUACAUCACAAAAAUAUUUAAAAGCUUUGAUACCGAUGUGAAACUCUCAAUCGACUGGUCUAAAUUUGAUAAAAGUAGGAAGAAUGCUGCUGCUCAGCAGGUGAAUGGAAAUCAAGCAACGGCCGAAACGCAAAAUGCCGCCUCUUCGAAUACGGCGACAUCCAAUACACGCCCAAACACAACAAUCGCGACUACAAACGGUACGGCAACAGCGUCUACAGCCAACACUCAUCGCCCCGCUGGCCAAGGAAAUACGAACAAUCGGCAAAAUCAACCGAAACGAGAUAAAGAGAAAUCUACGAGCCAAAACAGCACCGGCGCGCAGAAUGCACAUCGAAAAAAUGAGCAAAAAAACGAGGGAUUGGGCCAAGUAAAUGGGCGGCAGAAUAGAAAUAAUCAUAGCAAUUCAUUCGUCACAUCGAAUACCGGGUCUGCUAAAAAGGAAAAACCGUUCAACUCAAAGAAUCUUGAUAGCUCUUCGCAUCGAAAUGGGAAUGCUUCGAUUAGCAAUCCGCCAGCCGCUCCUCAAACAUCAACUCCAUCUCAAAACCCGACAAAGGAGUCCGUUGCGGAAGAGCCGGCUUCAACGGUGCAGGACACAAUACAACGGCAGCAUAUUCUAAAUAGGCGUAUUGAUAAGAAUACGAAAGAUCUACUGCUAACGUUUAUUUCUCAAAGUGGAUUUGAUAAGCUAGAAUUGAUAACGGAAAUGUUAACAUUGCUAUCACCGUAUGACUUGCGAUAUGUUGGAAAUUUGGUCGAGGGCAUGAUUCGAACAAAUUCUCUACAGUUUAAACCAUACGAGACGUUGGCGAAUUCUGACAAUCCCAUGGCAUGCUUCCCACCGCCGGAGAUAUUCGUGAAGACUGGCGGAACCGAUGUGAACCGUGUGUUUCAACCACAGGAAAUUGAUGAUACGGUUUGUCGACGAAUCAAAUCAAUGGAUAAGCAAGUGCCGAAUUUGACAUCGUCGCUGGACUCGUAUGAACGGACGAACGCGCUUUCGAAUAAGUUGCCGCCGCCCGUCAACAAGCCGCAACCGACGAAAGAAGAAGAAGUUUACAAAGAGGAAGAGCCAAUUGAAAAGCCGCUACAAAUUUUUGGAUCACUUGAACGACAUUUUAGCGCGUUUUAUCUUCUUGUUUCACUUUUGUCUUCAACAAAUCGGAAAUCGGCGGGACAUAUUUUUAACUACCUUGAAGUAGCAGUUUUGCAAGGAAAAGAUGCGCUGUUGGAAUUCGUUCCUAACGUAGAUGAAAAAAUCGUUUUGAUCGAUUACCUUGGGCAACUCGCUGUUGCAUGUAUUCAUCAUCCAGCGUUUUCGGUCAAAGAUAAAUUGCAAAUGAUUACUUUGAGAGAUGAAUUGCGAUGCACUUUGGAGAGGCUUUACGCUUCGUGUGGUCAACAAGAGCCGAAGCCGCUGUUGCAGAAGCCUGGUGAAAUUGCAAUUGGAGCAGUCGAUGAUAGCGAUAAUGAAGAGGCUAAUGAAAAUGAGCAGCGACCGUUUGUUGCAUGCGCUGAAUCGUCUUCUCAUGCCGUCUGCGGGGCUUACCCGAAGCAAACGGGACCUUUUGUAUAUAUUCAAAGAUUUAUAGGAUCUCAGGUUGACGAGCAGAAUCCGAAUCAUUUUUUAAUCGAGAUUCGGUGGAGUGAUGGGGAAACAACGUUCACUCAUCGGAGUCGCGAUCAACUAAAAGUGCUACAACAUCGGCUACUGGACGAAUUUGGGCAGCAACGAUCCGAGAAGCACACCGGGAUGGUCUCAUCGGUGUCGUCGAUUGACGAAGAGCAAAAUAAGAGAUUGUCGACGAGCACAUUGGAAAGUCCGGCGAAUUUCACGUCGUCGCGACGAAUUUUGCCGCACCUGCUGCCAGAUGCCUCGACAAGCGAAGUGAUACAGUACAUAAACGAGCUUUCCGAUUUGCCAGCUCGAAUGAUAUUGUCGCGGGUGAUUUGUGAGGAGUUCAAUGCGACGAGGAACCGAAGCAAUGAUGAUGAAUGCGAGUUUGAUGGGAUAAUUUUCGCGCCGAAAUGUCGGACAUUUCACCAAAAUCGAAGUCACUAUGGGCGAUUUCAAUCCGGUUCGCAGGCCAACCACCAUUAUGUCAUCACUCCACCGCUAGCGUAUAGUCCGUGUUCGCUAAUGCACCAGCAUCAGCUUGUUGAGCCGUCGUGCAGCACGUGUGGAGGCGAGCAUACGGCAUUUAUAUGCAAUAAGCCGAGCUUAUUUGAGAAAAAAUCCGAUUUUCGCAUCAAUGUUUGCUCCUUGGUGAACGAUGGCAGCGCGCCGCCGCCGGUGCAGUAUGCUCUUCCCAAUCAGCAAUUGCCGGUUGGCAUUCACGCAUUGCCGUUUCAAAACGGCCACUUCAUAUUCCAUCAGCAGCAGCAGCGCCAACAUCAGCAGAUGUUUAGCAAUCAAGGAUCUUCACGGAUGCCACCAAAUGGAUAUGAGAUGGCAACAAACUAUGGGUUGUAUUCAGCGAGCGUACCUGUAACUAGUCCACCAACAGUAUCUCAACCACCAGUCGCGACCUCAACGUCUACGUCAAUGAAUAGCCAAUUGGCGAGUAGUAGUUAUCAGAAUCCGCGUCAGCAGUAA